CAAUCCAGUCAAGGAGGAUUGUAUUUCUAAAAAAUCAUUUACGUAAUUUAUUCCAAAGAGAUACAACCAUUUGUCCAUCGAUAAUGUUUUAUAAUAAAAAGCAAAGUUCAAAUAAAGACCUAGAUGUUAAUUGAAUAUUGUAUUUAUAUAUGUAUGUAAAUUUAUAUUGUUGCACAAAACAAAAUUUAUGUACAAAUAUCAUUUGCCUUUCGAUUGAUUUUAAUCAAAUUCUCCUAUGAAUGAUUGUGAAAAUGAUGAAUUUAUGACUUCUUGUCUAUGUGUGAAUAAAAGUGAUGCUAGACUAGAAGAAUUACUAUGGUACUAUGAUGAUAUGAGAUUGUGCACUAUAUUUCCUCAACAAAAAGUUGUCAUCUCAAGUUGGUUAACGUAUCAGUACGGAAAAACAUUUUUUCCUUUGCAUACAAAUAAUCGUAAUGGAACUUUGUUACAAUCAGAGUACAAACUUUAUAUUCUUGUUGAAGCUGAUCUUAAAAGUUAUAAUCCUAUUGCUGCAACACAUGCUACUAAGGUCGAGGAUUACGGUUUAAUUAUUACGUGGACGGCAAAUAAAAAUAUUAAUUUAAUUAUAGAGUCCGAUUUAGAUAUGGUUGCAAAAUUUUUUAUUGCAGCAAUGGAAGGUCAAUGUUACAUUAAUAAUGGGUUGUUAUUGAAACGAAUAGAAACUGUCCUGAUAUCAGGAAAGCCUUGUCUUUACAAUAGUGAUGUGUUGAAUUCACCACCAACAAAAAAAUUUAUAGACAAAGAGGAAUGGACAACGCAUGCAGAAAAAUUAAAAUCAUUAAGCGACACUGCCAAACUCGUAUCCGAGAAAUGCAAACCAUUUGAAGUUAAGGAUCUUCCAGGUUUAAUAGUAUAUCCAGAAAAUGCUGUAACAGACGCAGAACUUGAACUGAUGAAGCGUGUAGAGUCCAAUGAAACGUUAGAGAGUGAAACUAGAAGUCAAGUUUCUACACCAGUUUCAGUAAACAUUCCUCAACAUGAGAAUCAAUUAUCACAAGAUGAAAUAGAAAAGAUAACAAAAGAUACCACUGAAUUUCAAGGUGUUCCGCAUUCUACUAGUAAAUCACUUGAUAUGCUUGAUAAUUUAGAUUUAUCCAGUGCUAUAAGCACCAGACAAGUAUCUUGCAGUGAUAUAAAAAGUACAAGUAAACCUUUUGAACCAAAGUCUUUUUAUGAUGCUAAGGAUAGCAAAUCCAUAGCAUCUACAAGCCCGUUUAAGAAUUCCAUAGCAGAGAUAACAAAAAAGUUAUCAAAAAAUAAUGUAAAACCACCAAAUGUCCUGAUAUAUGCUGAUAGUUUUAUUGCACGUAACAAUGUAAAAGGUGUUUUGGAAGAAUCUCUUGACACAAAUAAGUACACCAUUUAUGCAUUGUCGCCAGAAGAAGCACGUAAUGACGCUUGGGUAGAAAAUGCAGCUUUAGUCGUCGUUUGUGGAAAUGUCGGCAAUGAGAUUGGAAACCGAAUCGUGGAGUAUAUUCUUCACGGUGGCAAGUUGCUCGCUUUGUGCUCCGACGUAAUUCAUAUUUUACUUCCAUCGUUUAAAACGGCAGAAGUACGAGAAAAUGAGCUGGUUCACUUUUCUUAUGGGAAAUGGAAGCAUGUACGCAUGAUGCAUCAUAUCUUUUGUUAUCAAGCAUCUCCUGUAAGAACGAGAUUUUCACAGGAUCAUGAAGACGUAAAAGUAUCUAGUGUGUCUCCGCCAGCGACAGUGAGCGUGAAAGAUAAAAAGGGAAACUCGCAUUCGUUUGACCUAAAGGUACUUGGAACAGAAGAAACUUGGCACACACCAAGUAUUCUACUUGCCACCCUACUAGGAAGUGGUGGAAAGCUUGUUUUUUCUCAAAUACAUCUAGAAGUGGAUCCAAUGCAAUAUGAACUCGAGGAAAGUAAAUUUAAUGCUUUGAAAGAAAGUAACACAACUAGACUGGAAAUAUUCAAUGAUUUAUUAAAGACGCAUCUUGAGAUAGAAGUUCGUAGUACUGCAAAAGUAACUGCACGUAUGACUUAUACAUCUGCUUUCUUUUUGGGACGACACGAGUUGAAACUAGAAAUGCUAGAAAGAUUGAAGGAUAUAAUGGCAGCAAACGAUACUCUAAAAAUGCCAAAGCUGGAAAUUCAGUUUUGUAAAAGCAGCACAGUUCCACGACCUGCUUCAGCUUUGUUCCUACCAAUUAUGAUUCAUCAGUGUCCUGACAAUUUCUCAACUGUAGAAUAUUUUGAGAAUUUAUCUACCAAAGAAUUAGGACGUUUGGUUAUAUACGUUGAUAUAAUGACAUCAUCAAUGGAUGUAUUUAAUGGUCAUCAAUUAGGACAUGGUUUAGCUGUUAUUGUCCGUCAGCAAACUCAAGGACGAGGAAGGAGUAAAAAUAUUUGGCUCAGUCCAAAAGGUGCAGCACUGUUCACGUUGCAACUUCAUGUGCCUACUAAUACCAUACUUGGAAGACGAAUCUCAAUUUUGCAACAUUUGGUUUCUGUUGCAAUUAUAUCCGCAUUUAAGUCUCUAUCCGGAUACGAAGAUAUCGAUCUAAAAUUAAAAUGGCCUAAUGAUAUUUAUGCUGGUAACAAUGUUAAAAUUGGUGGACUGAUUGUAGAGACUCAUAUUAUAUCAGAUCUUAAUAUAUGUAACGUUGGAGUUGGAAUAAAUUUGUUCAAUAAAGAACCUACAUGUUGCAUUAAUGAUAUAAUUACUACAUUUAACGAAAUAUAUCAGAAAAAAUUAGAAAUGAUAUCGUACGAACAAUACUUUGCUAUUGUAUUCAAUGAAAUUGAAAGAUGGUUAAAUAUCGUACAAAGUGGUAAUAUAGAUGAUUUUCUGGAUGCAUAUUAUACUUAUUGGAUGCAUACCGACACAAAUGUGACGGUAUUAUCAGCAUCUGGGGUGUCACAAAAUGUUAAAAUACUAGGUAUAGACGAUUACGGAUAUUUACGUGUACGAGGAGAAGAUGGAAAGAUGUUUACCGUACAUCCAGAUGGUAAUACGUUCGAUUGUCUGAAAGGUCUUAUAGCUCCGAAAUAAUCAGAUUCAGAAGUAGAAUUAACAUGUCUGUUGAACGUGUUUAAUAGUCGAUUGUACACUGUUGUUCUUUUUUAUUUUUAUACAUCUUGUAUAUAUUUUAAAUUAUCAUAAAAAUGAAUAUCAAUCAAAAAAUGCUGAUAAAUUUAAUUUAUAAUGUUUAGUUUUGUUAUUUAUCAUUUGCCCAUACAGCAAAUGGAAUAUAUAUAAUGUAAGCUACUUUAUCCAAGUCCAUAAUUCUUGUUACGCGAUUUGAUGUCAUAUUUCCUGCUAUGGAGAGAAAAUAAUAAACAAACAUUGUUAAUUAAAAAUCAAA